CUACGGCUGACACCAAAAUGGCUUCCUUCAAGAUUGUACUUGGCCUUUCCCUUCUUGCUACCUGCGUCUUGGCUGGUGGCAGAUAUAGAGGCGGAGGUGGCGGAGGCAUUGGAGGAGGCUUCAGACAUGGUGGAGGUAUUGGAGGAGGCUUCGGGCACGGUGGAGGUAUUGGAGGAGGCUUCGGGCACGGUGGAGGUAUUGGAGGAGGAUAUGGAUCUGGCGGAGGCCAUGGAGGAGGCAUUUCAAUUAUCCCAGCUAUUGGAGGAUUGAUAGAUUCUUCUGUGAGUUAUGGAGGUGCCGGUUCAGGCUUUGGAGGUUCAGGAUUUGGAGGCCACGGAGGUUCAUUCGGUGGGGGCCAUGGAGGCUCUUUCGGUGGGGGCCAUGGAGGCUCUUUCGGUGGGGGCCACGGAGGUUCCUUCGGUGGAGGCCAUGGGAGUAACUUACUCCUGGAGGAAGUUAUAAGUGAUAAGUGCUUCAUAGAAAAUACGAUUCGAACUGUCACCUGGUUGACAAGGGAAGUGAGAACAAUGACUUUGACCAUUGAGCCAUCAAGAAAGGCUUCCUUCAAGAUUGUACUUGGCCUUUCCCUUCUUGCUACCUGCGUCUUGGCUGGUGGCAGAUAUAGAGGUGGAGGUGGUGGAGGCAUUGGAGGAGGCUCCGGGCAUGGUGGAGGCAUUGGAGGAGGCUUCGGACAUGGUGGAGGCUUCAGUCAUGGUGGAGGUAUUGGAGGAGGCUUCGGUCACGGUGGAGCUAUUGGAGGAGGGAUCGGAGGAGGUAUUGGAGGAGGAUAUGGAUCUGGCGGAGGCCGUGGAGGAGGUAUUUCAAUCAUCCCAGCUAUUGGAGGGUUGAUAGAUUCUUCUGUGAGUUAUGGAGGUGCCGGUUCAGGAUUUGGCGGGUCAGGAUUUGGAGGUUCAGGAUUUGGAGGCCAUGGGGGCUCUUUCGGUGGGGGCCAUGGAGGUUCAAUUGGUGGAGGCCAUGGGAGGCCAUAUGGUAAAUAA